CAUUUCCAGUCGUGUACGGUGUCGGAUAGGUACGAAAAAUAAAUACUUGUCUUGUCUUGUCCGAACCAUGGAGUUUUUAUGAAAUCUUUGUAUUCAUUUAAAUUUGUAUUAUUAUGAUUUUUAAAUAUUUCAACUGCAACUAUGCGGCCGUGCCUGGUUUACUGUUUCUGCUACUACACGUUUACUCCACUAAAGGUGAAAACGAAUGUUGGUGGACGGGAUGUCAGCCAAAUACUUGGGCAGUGACCGGAUGCGGUCAGUACAAUCGAACGCAGGAAGACAUCAGGAGUUGCACCGACGGAUCGGAGUACUAUUGCUGUCCGAUUGAUGAAAAACCCAAGUCCUCCAAUGAAGACUGCUGGUGGACUGGUUGUCAACCAAAUACUUGGGCAGUGACCGGAUGCGAUCAGUACGACCGAGAGCAGGAAGACAUCAGGAGUUGCACCGACGGAUCGGAGUAUUAUUGCUGUGCGAUUGUUGAAGAGCCCGAGUCGUCCAAAGAAGACUGCUGGUGGACUGGUUGUCAGCCAAGUACUUGGGCAGUUACCGGUUGCGAUCAGUACAACAGAACAGAAAAGGACAAAUCGCCUUGUGACGGUGGUUUCGAGUACGAAUGUUGUGAGCUAUCCGACAAAGACACACACGACGACAAGGAUGAGAAACCUGUUUUCCUGGACGACUUCUGUUGGUGGUCCGGAUGUGUGCCAAAUAACUGGACGGGCGCCUAUUGCCCGUUGAAAACGAUUCUAAAUCAAACGGCGAUCUGUGACGAAGAAGAUGAUAGUAUUAUGGCCCAGUGCUGUACAAACAAUACCGGUAACGGCGACGAUGACGACGAAGAGACAUUAUCCGGAACGUCUUUUUCUGAUUUCGUUAAGUAUCUACUGAUGAAGAGCAACAACUUCACCAUCGUACCCGACAGACUGCGCUGUGACCUUGUAGACAUUAACAAAGAGAACGUCAUCAAGAUUAAAGACGAAGGGAUACGGGUUUGCGACUUGUGUCCGAAUUUCCCGCAACAACGUUACAAAAACGUGUUCUUGGACAAGGAACCCACCGACGAGUACGACAAUAUGGACUUUCCAAAUUGUUUUGGACUUUGCUUCGACACGAACAACUGCACGGCUUUCAGCUACGACCAUAACGCCGGACACUGUUACACAUUCGAUAGUACUGACGGAGAGCUCAGCGAGGAAGAAGAAUGGACCACGGUGUUCAUGACCCAACCGGUCGGAGUGCUGAACGAUUGGAUGUACUCGCGCCAUACCUCGGCAGUGGGUGCCAACCCUUUGAGCCAAGAAAAGGAAACUUCUUUUUUGUCUUGUUUGAGUAAAUGCAACGACCAAAAUUACUGCACCGUCGUGUCUUAUUUUCUGCUGAACUCCACGUGCACUACUUACGGUAACAUCGAAAAUGACGUAGAGCGAGUGGACUUCGAGUACGGCUACGUUUCCGCUUUUCGUACGGCGGAUUUGCCUAUAGGCGAUACGAAAACUUGGAGGUUCGUCGAAACCGGAGAUAGCGUGCUGUCGCUGAAAUCAACGACAAGCCUAAGCACAGGACAAUGUUCGUCGUUCAUCAACGACACUCACGGUAGUUAUUUCUCCAAGCCUUGUUUCACCACCUCGUUGGCCGGUUGCGACGUCAAUACUGGAUGCAAAACGUGUUACUACCCCGAACAAACGGAUCAAACGGAAAACCUGAGCAUUUGUCCUGACAGCGAUGUCUAUUUUUUGGAUGACAUAAAACAAAUAAUAUACGCUGAAAUGGAAAACUGUUUGCAAACAACGGAAUGCAUGGGCUUUGGGUUGAACUCGAAUCAAACGGAUAUGAUUACCCUGACUACGUUCGGACAAUUCCAGUAUGACAAAACGUUCAUGUUGAAGUUCCCCAAACAAACCUUAGGAGUUCACGCCUAUCUCAAGGACUACGAUUUCGUCGAAAACCUGGGAGUAGUUGCGAUCGAAGGCGCGGAAAGUGAAUUAAAAAUUUCCAAUGAGGUGACGUUCGACGAGUGUAUGUCUGAAUAUAAGGGCUCCACCUAUAAUCGUAUGUCAUAUUCUAGACAAAAAAAGGAAUGCAUUCUGUCAUCCGACGUGGUAAGUUUAAUGGAAAACCAAAACCUUUUGACUGUGUUUAAAAAACCUUCGUUAGAGUCUUCGUCGGUGUAUUACUUGCGGACUCCAGGCGUACGGUUAAAUUCGUCAUUGGCCACUAUGCAACGUGAUUGCAAACGAAAUUGUGAAGAAGUCUGUUCCCACGUGUGCAAUCAGCCGUCCAACGCUUGGUGCGCUUACAUAUCUAUACAAUAUUUACCCAACUCGUCAAAGUGCUAUUUUUUUGAAAUUAACGACGAAGCCGAGUUGAACCUCCAGCCAUCAGAAAGUGCCAUGGUGCUUGUAGCGCAGAGCAAAUCGAAUUUUACCUUGGCCGGACUGAAUCAGGUGAACCCAUUCUCUGGCGAUGAAAAUAUGCUAUUUAACUGUUUUGCCAGUGAUAACGAGCAAACUCAGACCACCUUAUCGGUAUUUAAUAAGACAGAAGAAACGGCAGUGUCGAUACGUAAAAAGAGGGGAUUUUUUAGUUUUAUUGGUAAAGCCAUAAAAAAAGUAGGUAAAGCUAUAGUUGGAGCGGUGAAAGACACAGUAAAUACAAUUGUAGAUACUGGUAAAGGAGUAGUUAAAGCGGUUAAAAAUGUAGUCAAGGGAGAUUUCGAAGGGGCGAAAAAGGCAAUAACAAACAUACCGAUCGUUAAAGACGUCAAAAACGCAGUUGAACUGGGUGGUGCUGUUCUGGCUGGAGACUGGGAUAAAGCCAAAGAAAAGGGAUUAGAUCUUCUAGGUUCUUCGUUGGUAGAUGUCGGUCUGACUAUAAUCGCUCCAGGCGUAGGUAAGAUCGUUGGAGCGGGUUUAAAAGGAAUAUCCAAAGCUGGGAAAACGGCUCUUAAAGGGACAAAAAAUACAAUAAAAAAAGCUGGGAAAAAUACAAAACCCAAAAAAGUAGAUGCUAAAAAAACGGAGAACGAAAAAAAAAAAAAAGAAGACAAGGAAGAGUGUAAAGCACGAUCUAAACGAGCAAACGGCCAAAAAAAAAAUAACGGGUGCAAGGGCAGUAAAAUAUGUGCUAUGCCGAAAGCUUCCAACUCCUUGAACGGUACAUUUAAAGCUUGUAAAAACAAGGAUGUGGGUGAGUAUUGUGAUUUUGAAUGUAAACCUGGUUAUGAAGAGAACAAACCUACACUCGAGUGUUUAAAAGCAAAGGAUAAAGACGCAGCUUGGUCACCAAAACCAUCCUGCACAUUAUACACAUGCGAUCAGACAGCUUUUCCUGUAAUUGCCGUUAUGACACCAAAAGUUAAGGGUUUCACCUCGAUAUCAAUGGGCAAAGACAUUGUCUCCUACGUAGCGUUGUUCGAUAAAUCCCGUAAACUUCCCGUGUGGUCGGCUUCCUUACUUCAGAGCAAUGAGUUCAAUUCUAAAAGCUAUAACGAUGCAAAAAUAGUUGAACGGGAAGAUGGUUUUUUCAAGUAUCCCUGCAAAGAAGUAAAACCACAUCAGUACGUUACUGACGAUUACAAUAAAGGUGGAUACGAUCGUGGACACUUGACUCCGGCCAAUGUCGCUCGGUGGUCGAGAAAAGCUAUGAAAAGUACGUUCGCGAUGAUUAACAUCGCUCCUCAGCAUAGUUACAUAAACCAGCAAGCGUGGAAAGAUCUAGAGAAACAUGUGUUGUGUUUUAGUGAGGACAAGCGAACCUAUGUGGUGACGGGUGUUUGCAAAAAAACCCUGAAGAAAACAGACGGCAAGACUAAAAUCGACGUGCCUGAUUGUUUUUGGAAAAUGUUGUGCUACAACGACGAGCAGGGAGAAGCGCAAGUCGUUGGUUUCAUGGCAAAGAACUCAGAUUUUCCGCCAGAUUCUUAUGACAAGCGAAAAGAGGAAAUAUUCACUCCAGUUUCGCAAACGGAAAUCAAUAAGCUAUACGACAGUUCAUCGCACAAUCCGUGGCUUAAGUCGGUGCGACUAAGCGUAGGAAGAGGAAUUGGCACUCAACCCGUAUCCAGUGAUACUAACAAUAACCAUCAGGCUAUGUGGUUGCCCGUGAACCCCAACGACUGUAAGAAAGCGAUGGACUUAUCUCAGGAAGAGGCACAAGGUUGGAAAGACAAACUGUUGGGUACAGGUACAAAACAAAAACGUGCCGCAACAACGAGACUGAAAAGAGGAUGUACCAAGUCGGAAAUGAAAGAAUUAGACGAGUUGGACGAAUUGUUUAAAACGCGUGCUGUGGUGUCACAUGACUACGAUGAAUCGGGGUCUGGCGAAGACAUGACUGGAGACGGAAGCGUAGACGUUUCAGUACAAAACUGUGGUAAACGUAUCGUGGGUUACUAUACCUCAUGGGGCGUGAAAAAGAUCAACAGCAAAAUUUUGUCCAAGCUCACCCACGUGAUAUACGCUUUUAUGGAGAUGCACAGUGACGGAUCGGUCAGCAUAGGAACGCCAGACAAAGCGCACAGCGAAGACGUAGAAGAAGAAACAAAAAAAUCUCGCCAAAGAUUAGAACACCUUAUGAACUUGGCCAAGUUUUUUCCGCAUUUGAAAAUCUCGUUCGCGGUCGGCGGAUGGGAGAAUUCUCAGUAUUUCAGUAAAAUGGCUUCGUCGCCUCAAAGCAGAGUGGUGUUUAUCUCGUCCGUUAUAAAACUCAUUCAAAAAUACGGUUUUGACGGCGUGGAUGUCGAUUGGGAGUACCCGGUAACCGGUGGUGCCGUCGAAGGAGUGCCGGCAGACAAAGACAAUUAUGUGCUUCUCAUGAAGGAACUGCGUCAGGCCUUGGACUCGUACAAAGCAGAAGCAGGUCGAAGAAGCGAUUUUCUGAUAUCUUUUGCCGGCGCAGCGGGUCAGUGGACUUUGGAUCCCGGGUUCGACUUGCCAGGGCUGCUUAAGUACGCCGACUUUGCCAACGUGAUGACGUAUGAUUUCUUCGGAGCUUGGUCAAGCAAAUGGGGUGCGUACACGGGACCUCCCGCCCCUCUGUACUUUGGGAUGCCGCCGAGGUUUUCCGGCAAGACAAACGUCGACUGGACCAUCAAGUACUACACUUGCAAGAGUAAGUUACCGCACAAGAUCAACAUGGGCUUGCCGUUUUACGGCCGGUAUUGGAGUAACGUGGGCGAUUCGGUGGACGGCAAAGACGAAAUGUGGCGGACGGCCAACGCGGUCGACGGUGUUUUCCAAGGUGGAUACACGCCUUGGUUUAAGCUACAGCAAGACCAUUUGGACGACAAUCGGUUCCAACAGCGUUUCCACGAGAAGAGCAAAUCGCCUUACGCAUGGAAUCCGUCGACAAAAGUGUUUUUGGGCUACGAAAAUGAAAAAUCUCUGUCUUUCAAAGUGAAGUACGCUGCGGAUAAGAACGUCGGUGGCCUGAUGAUCUGGUCGGUCGAUUUGGACGACGACCAACUGACGAUGUUGAACGCUGUUUACAAAGCACCGUUAUGCGACAAAACCGAUCCCAACGAUGUUAACCACAAGUGUUCGCCUAUUGACGAAAAGCGUUGGUGGACCUCCGAAGACGGCGAUGAUGUCGCAGGGCUGUGCGGUAGAUCGGCUCCACUUUAUAAAGGUUACUAUCCUUUGUGCGAUCCGGACGACCCGGGAUACAGCUGCUGUGGCCCGUCCGGCUAUUGCGGAUCCGGCGAGAAGUACUGCGACUGCCCCUCGUGCAAGGAUUACGGGGAAACCCCAUCGCUAAUUUUGGAACGUCCGAUCAAACCUACCGUGCCGGUCACUUGGUAUUUCUUGAACGCCGAAGACGGCUUGCGCGGCCGGUGUGGCCGAAAAAUACCGAAAAUCAACGGCGUGUUCCCCACGUGCAAUCCGGACGACGACAACGCGUAUUGCUGCUCCAACGGCAAUUACUGCGGUGAAUCCAGCGAUUACUGCGAAUGUCAGGGAUGCGUUAACUUCAAGAAGGACCCCACUUACCGGUUCGGCCCGAAGAAAUGGUGGACCCAGGAAGACGGUUCGGAAAGGGCGGGCACGUGCGGACCCAAAGCCGACAAGGUCGAUGGCGUUUACGAAGCCGAGUGCGAGCCGAACACCAAGUUCAGCUGUUGUAGUCCCAACGGUUAUUGCGGAUCCGGCAGCGACUAUUGCGACUGCAAAGGCUGCAUACGUUAUUGACAACGGUGUAAUAUAUUUUAACAAAAAUGAAACAAGUCCGACGGAUAAAAGCAUUAAUUUUGAAUAGUUUCAUUUGAAAAAAAUAUGUUUUCGAUGAAUAAACCAACUGUUAUUAACAAUCAAACACUUAUAAUUUAAACGGAUUACAUUAACACUUGAAUUUUAUUUUUAAUGUUAUAUUGUUUGAUGU